CAAGCCCUCGCGGAGUUUCUAUCGCUUCAGUAUUGGAGCUAUAAUGUUGUAAAUUAUGAUGAAAAAGUGAUGGAUGGAUUUUAUGACCUAUAUGGAAUUACUGCAAGCUCUAGCACCCGAGGGAAGAUGCCACUAUUAGUUGAUCUUAAGGAAAUAUCUGUCACGAGUGAUAUAGAUUAUGAAGUGAUCUUGGUAAACCGCUUGCGUGAUCCUGAACUUCAACAGUUGGAGAGACAAGCAUAUAACAUAUUCAUGGAAUGCAUGGUUUCUGAAUAUGGUUUCAUUUUAAGUGGCCUGGUACAAAAAAUUGCUGAUAUAGUUGUUGCCAGAAUGGGUGGUCCUGUUGGUGAUGCUGAAGAAAUGUUGAGAAGGUGGACUCGUAGGAGUUAUGAGUUGCGUAGUUCUCUAAAGACCAUUAUUCUACCGCUUGGAUGCCUUGAUAUUGGACUUGCUCGACAUAGAGCUUUGCUUUUUAAGGUACUAGCUGAUAGGAUUAAUCUUCCAUGUAUACUUGUCAAAGGAAGCUACUACACUGGUACUGAUGAUGGAGCUGUGAAUAUGAUCAAAAUCGAUAACGGAAGUGAAUAUAUUAUUGAUCUUAUGGGUGCUCCAGGCACGCUAAUUCCCUCAGAGGCACCCAGCGGUCAAUUUUCAAAUUAUGGCUUUGAUAGGAGACCUGCAGAUGUUAUUGCAGUUCCUGAAGAGACGCCAGUAUCACAAAAUGAAGGAAGCGAAUUGGUAUUGAUUUCAUCUGCUCAAGAUGGAGUAGUAAAUGGUUGCGAUUCAAUGUUCAAAGAAGCUUCAGAUAUAGGUGUUCAACCAAGAGAGAACGUUAGGAACUUUAUUGAAGAAAUUCAAACUGGGAGUUCUGAUUAUGAUUUUGGGAAGCUCCUAGAAUCAGGCAGCAAUGCAUGUGAAAGUUUGGAAGGUGUAGGUGGACAGCCAUCGUCUGCACAAAAGAAGAAAGUUAAAAAAGUUUCGAAGUAUGUCAUUAGCGCUGCAAAGAACCCAGAGUUUGCUCAGAAAUUACAUGCUGUCUUGCUAGAGAGUGGUGCAUCACCUCCUGCUGAUUUGUUUUCAGACAUAGAUUCACAGGAUAAUGGUGAAAGAAAAGCGAUUCACCAAAUGUAUUCAAUCAAUGGGAAAGGCAUGGAUGUUGGGCUUCAAUGCCACCUAGAGUUAGCAAGACAUGGACAGUCUUCUGCUACUUCUACUGCAGUGGAGUAUUUGAAUAAUGCUGUCCAUGAAAAUAAGCAGAAAGUGUUUACUGAGGGAUUAUCCGAAGAACAAACACUUGGGACAAAUGUGAACAAGCACGGUAUUUUUUGGCCUCACGGUGUGACAAACGAGGGAUUUGUGUUUGUUGAUGGUGAAGCUGGAAAAUUGGUUGAUGUUAACGGAACUUUUAAUCGUGAACAAAUGGAUGGUGUUUCAUUAACCUCUGAUGCUGACUCUCAUAAAAAACAACAAGGAACUGCCUUAGUGAGCGAAGAGAGAAAAUGGUUGCAAGAUAAGAGUGGUGGAAUUCUUCAAUGCUUUGAUUUUCGUGAAAAUCCGUCGGAAAAUUUAAUAGAAACUGCUGAUAGUAACCUGCAUACUGCUGAUAGCCCCAGUGAGACGAUUAACCCAAUGUUGGGUGAAGUUGCAGAAUGGGAAAUUCCUUGGGAGGAUCUUCACAUUGGUGAACGUAUUGGUAUUGGUUCAUAUGGCGAGGUUUAUCGUGCAGAUUGGAAUGGCACUGAAGUUGCUGUGAAGAAGUUCUUGGACCAAGAUUUUUCCGGUGCUGCUUUGGUUCAAUUAAAAUGUGAAGUCGAAAUCAUGUUAAGACUGAGGCAUCCAAAUGUUGUCCUUUUCAUGGGAGCAGUCACUCGCCCUCCUCAUUUCUCUAUCCUUACUGAGUUUCUUCCCAGGGGAAGUUUGUAUAGGUUAUUGCAUCGUCCCAAUUCUCAACUUGACGAAAGGAGACGAUUGAAAAUGGCUCUUGAUGUGGCCAAAGGAAUGAACUACCUGCACACAAGCCAUCCUACCAUUGUUCAUAGAGAUCUGAAGUCUCCCAAUCUACUUGUUGAUAAAAACUGGGUUGUCAAGGUUUGCGAUUUUGGCUUGUCACGUGUCAAGCAGAAUACAUUUCUGUCUUCAAAGUCAACUGCUGGAACGCCUGAAUGGAUGGCACCAGAGGUUCUAAGGAACGAACCAGCCAACGAGAAGUGUGAUGUGUAUAGUUUUGGUGUGAUAUUGUGGGAGUUGACGACGUCCCGCAUCCCGUGGAAAGGUUUGAACCCAAUGCAGGUUGUGGGGGCUGUUGGAUUCCAGGAUAGGCGCUUGGAGAUCCCAGAAGAUGUCGAUCCAGCAGUUGCACAGAUCAUUUGUGAAUGUUGGCAAACGGACACGCAAUCGAGGCCAUCUUUCUCUCAGCUUAUUACUCGAUUGCGGCGCCUUCAACGGCUCGUUCAGAGAACGAACUCCGGGAAUCAAAUACCGGAGUGAAGUGAAAAGAUUCAUGUGAAUUAAAAUUGAAGUUGUUCGAUGGCUCAAAGAGUCGGAGCAGCAAAUGGUUGUUCUUCUUUUUUCGUCUCUUUUUUCUUAGUAAAGUUGUUUGAAAAACACUACAACUGGAUAGGGAAGUGCUAGUUCAUUCAAAGUGGGGGCUUAGCACCAAACCUAUUUAGAGAAGUGGAAGAUCCUCCAAAGCAUACAAGUUGAAAGUGCAGUGGAGGGGUUUACCAUUUUUAUAUAUUGUAGUCCUUAAUGUGUAGUAGGCUGUAUUGAAUCCACAUGUAAGAAAAUUCCCAAAUGAAAGGGGAAAAAAAAGAAAAGAGAAAAGGAAAAAAAAAAAGGAGCAAAAUAAUAACUUCCAAGCUCAAGCUGUGUGUCUGCCUGUGGAGGCCUUUGGGGAAUUGUAAACAUUUGGUCUCUACAGAUUACUGUGUAAAACAAAUUUAACCCUCCCCCUCAACCCUCACAAAAUCAAAAAGCAAAAGGAAUUAUUCAUAUAAAGUUUAUUGUUUCAUUA